UUUUGGGAUAUUGGGCUUGGUGCCUAUAGAAUUUGUUCAAAGGUGGUGGUUUAUUAUCCUGUUAUUCUCUUGUUCAUUUUUUGCAUGCUCAGUUACUCUUUAUUUUGUCUCUGUUGGAGGCAACAUCGCUUGGUGCACACUAAAUGGAGGUUUUAACCUAUUAGUUGUUCCCUGAAGGCCAAUUUGUAAUAUUCUGAAAUUUCUUUUAAUUUCAAUUUUUGGUAACCUAAACUUUAAAUGUCAAAUGUCUGCCAGUUUCCUGCGGAUCCAUUUUUGGUUGCUCGUUGCAUUCCAGCUGGUUAAAUCUGAAGAAAAAUGGGUGCUGUAAAACUUUGGAAUGGAACUGUAACUUUCUCUUGGUUUAUCUGAUUUUCCCAGCUUGAACCCUGUGCCACAGUUCCGCCGCGAGACCUCUGGCGAACUGACCCUCAAGGCCUCCGCCGAGGUGGUCCAGGUGGCAAAGGCAAACCGCCUGAGCGGCUCUGUGCCGUUCAAGGUGAAGUCAGACGAGACGGUCAGGGAGCAGGCCAGGAGACGCGUGCAAGCUGCAGGUGGUGGCCCAGGGGACUCCAAGCUGGUGUGCAGCGCCAGCGAGCUCCAGUUUGGACAGUACCGGGGCCAGACCUUUAAAUGGAUACUGACCCAUGACCUCGGCUAUGCCGUCAUGGAGUUGGCAACCCACCUGAGGGAGCGUGAAGAUGGCCAGGUGUCGGAUAGCCCACUGGCGAAUAAUAAGAACGCCCUGGAGUCCUACGCCUGGUUCUAUCCCGAAGUGAAGAUGGCCAUCCGCCGUCGACGGGGGAGAGAUGGGUCGGCUGGGGCUCCGAACGAGGGCAAGAGGCUCGUCGGCUUCGGCCAACACGGACACCUGACGUUUGAGGCCCUUUACAAUACAUCCGUAGGCCAAGAGGUGAGAAAAAGACUUUUAGGUGGGGUCUGAGAGGAAGGGCCCAGCAAGGUAGUGGGACCUUGCUUCUAUUUGUUAAAGUGUUACCAUUUGCGCUGUUGUACCCCAAUGCAGUUACAUCAAAUGGCUCCGGCGCCAGACCAUCAAAGUCGGGACCAAGAUGCAUGCGCUCCAGCUGUAUGUGCGGCGGAGAGACGAGGCGAAGGCAGCAGCAACCUCCUCCCUUCCCAAAACCACCACUGUUGCCCCCAGCGCCUCUCUCUCUCUGUAGCAGCCUCCGUCGUCGAGAUUCCGGAUGACGUGCUGCUGUCGGCCAGCAUGGAGCUGGAGGUUGGUAAGUGACAACCACCCAUGGAACUGGUGGUGGCUCCUUCACUUUUUCUGUUUAACCUAUUAUUUGUUUGAAUUUGUAAACAACCUUCCCCAGCAUCUACCUUCCAGUCUGCAACCAGUAGAGGGUCAGUGCCAUCCCAGCGCUCCCAACCGACGGCUGAUCCAGGAAAGCAGCCUUCGCAAACGCUAUCCGUAGCCAGGAGAGAGGUGAGUUAAAAGGAUGUGUUUCUUUGAAUUGCAUUGCCGGGAAAGGAACAGGCCCUGUCUGAUUCUUUUUGUUUGUUUUUCUGUUGGUCAUGCUCUCUGUCUCUGUCUGUCUGUCUCUCUCUCUCUCUCUCACACAAACACACAGCUACUUUUACCCAAGGGCUGGAGGAGUUCAUUACCCAAGGAACAGCACAAGUGGGUAAGCCGGGCCCUUUUCACCAGGGGCAAGGACGGAAAGCCUGCGCUGACCUCCAACCUUCGCCUUUGGUGCUUUCCUCCCGGCCCCCGCAACGUGCACCUCCAGCCACCGACAUCGCCGGACACCUUUUUUCAGUGCCCGUUCUUCCUGUGGAUGCCGUACCGCAUGUGGGGCUACAAGCUGUCCUGCACGGCAUGCAGCCACAGGUUGGUGGGAGCCGGACUCUACAGGACCGUCCGAAGGGUCCUGGACACAGACGGAUGGUACUUUAUGGCCACGGAGUACCUAGAGUGCCGGCACUGCAGGAAGAAGGUGGCGGGCUUGUCGCAGGAUAUCCUGGAUCAGCUGCACCACACGCACCAGGUUGACUUUCCAGCUAUCCUGACUUACAGGUUAUCCUGCGACAUAAAGCUGAUCGGGCAGAUGCAUGAGCGCACGCUGGGCAAUGGGGCCACCCGGCUGCGCAGAUAUCUGCUCAAGCAGCACACCAGGUCCUGGCUGAAGCGGUCCAAAAAGUUCAUGUACGCAGUCACCAAAUUUAUCACACCGGGUGCAGAGCCACCUGCGGCUUUGCCUCUACUACCACGGAUGACCCCGGUGCCCGGUACAAAGUGGUUUCUGUCCAUCUAUGCCAGGGAGGUGGCUUCGAGGAUAGAAGAGACCAAGGCACGGAUCACCUCCAUCUUUGGCUCAAUCCUGAAAAUGGACUCAACCAAGAAGGUGAGCGAUAUCGCCAUCCCCUCCCUCUCUCCUUCCUUCUUUCCUUCCAGCUUACUAUCGCUCUUCCUUUCAUCGUUCAAGUGACCAAGAAACUCGCCGGUGCCACGGCAGGAAUGGCAGCCUGGGUGACCAACGUGGGGAACGAGCACGGCCAGGUCCUGAUCAGCAUCCUCACUGCAGCCGAGGGCGCUGGCCUGCACCCCAUGGCCACCGGGCUGAUGCGGCGAUACCAUGAUGCCAGUGUGUCCCCGCCUCUGGUCCUCUACAUGGACCGAGACUGCUGUUCCCACGGGGGACCCUGCAAGGUGUCCCUCUUAUUCCACCAGUGGGAACAGCUGGUGGUGCGGCUCGACGUGUGGCACCUGAUGCAACGCUUUGCGGCGGGUGUCACCAUGGAGAGCCACCCACUAUACAGCCUCUUCAUGGCGCGUCUCUCGUUCUGCGUCUUUUGAGUGGGACCAGGGAGACGUCGCCCAGCUGCGACAGGCCAGGGCUGGUGAGGCGGGGAACGAUCCCCGAGGCUCCGGCUACGGAAAGAUCCCGUUGAAGGAGCUGGCCCGCCACUGCCGCACGCGUGCGGUGCAGGAGACUGGCCGGCUCACUGACAAGAUGCUGGAGGCCUUCGGGAAUGCCACUGACAAUAUGGGUGUCCCGCUUUUGGACCGCGACAAGAUCCAGGAAAUCUGGAAGACUCAGAGGUGCCACCUCCACUACAUCCAGGACCCACCUGGCGUGCACCUGUACAUGCAGACCGGGCAGCUGGUCAAAGGGGGGAUCAUGCUGCCGGUGUUCAGGUGUGCGUGAGGUUCAACUUCGUUGGAGUCGUUCCACCUGCAUCUGGACCGCUUCAUACCUGGUAAGAGUGCCCGGAAACCUGCAAUUUUGACCUGUGUUGUGCGAGGGAGUGGGUGGCAUUGCAAUUUUAUGUCUCUCUCACCCUCACCGUGUCUUUCAGGCACUACAGCCAGUGCGGCCCACUUUUAGGCCUACCUGCUGGAAGGCCUGGCGUGGUGGAACGAGGACCAUGCGGCACAAGCAGUGGAGGGAGCAGACCAUGAUGUGGUCUGCUACAGUGGCCAACUCUAGCACUCCGCCAACGAGCUGAGCGACAUUGUUUAUCACAGGAAGCUCGUUGACGAUUACACCCGGCCUGUGAAGUACACUGGUGAGGCGGGCGUCAAGCCCUCUGUCUGUCUGUCUCUCCCUUCCUCCCACCUUUUCAUUUUAAAACAAUUGCCUCCUUUUCACAGGUGAGCUCAUUGGUAUCCAGUACCUGUUUUCGCAGACCAGUCGAGUGCUGGAGGAAGUGAUGGGCAGGGAUCCCGACGCUCCGGAUGGGACUGACACGGACGACGACGAUGACAGUGUCGACGAGGGCUUCCAAGAGGUUGAGGGCCCGGAAGAGGAACCUGUGGACAACACCCUCUUCGGCCUUGAGGAGGACUUCGCCCGACAACCGUUGUCGUCUGUCAAGUCCCAGUCGCACCCUGCCAUCGGCGACUCACAGUCUGGGCCAGCCGACCAGGAGACCUCCCCUGGAGACGAGGCCACUCAAAGUGGGUCCCACAAGCUGGUAUGUGUCUCCCGACGAGUUGUGCUAUACCUGUGGAAUAUCUGAUGAGUGCUCCCCUUUCUUACUUUCGCUCUCUUCCCCCCAACAGCAUAGCCUUGGAACUGACACUGGCCCAGGUUACCAGCACGUGGUCAACCUGGCCUUGAGUCUCGUCAAGCUGCGUCACCAUGCCUACGUGAUGCAGCAGCAAGUGGCGGAGAUCGUCACCCUCUGGGAACGAUUGCCGGGGCGACAAGGCCCCAGUUAGCUUUCCGCCACGCUACCAGGAAAGACUGGUGCAGGGGAUGUUCCGACGCAAGCACUCGCAGACCAGUGUCACACCGGGAGUGGAGAGCUUGCAACGGUAGGUGAUCAACCUCUUUGGUGUGGCCUCUAUCCUUUUGAUUGGAUAUCGAUGGCAUGACUGACUGACUGACUGACUGACUGACUGACUGACUGACUCUCUCUCGGCCCCCCGAAUUUUGUAGGUGUACGGUCGGCCAAGGAGCACAGAUGCCAAACAUCAACCGCCUUGUGGAGGCCGUUUGUGUAGAGCUGUCCAGGAUUCACCCCGAAGGAACCACCAUCUGCGGCGUGAGGGUUAAUCGCUGGGCAGCUGUGAUGCGGGAUUACACCUGCAUCCGGGAAAACAUACUCACAAACUCGGUACUCCUGGCCCAGACUCGAAUCCAGUUAUUCCCCCUCAAUCAGCGCACACUGGCACAAUGGUAAGUACACACUGGACAAGUACCAUCCACCAUGCUGCUCUCCUCCCUCCCACCCUGACUUACUUUGCUUUCUGUCCCUGUAGGCACUACGCUUGCACCAGGGAGCUUCUACGGCAGGGUCUAGAGAUGGCCGUGCCACUGCCAACCAGCUCGGCCCUUGCUUCAGAGCCCACCCUUGCCGCAUGCCCAUGACCCACGGGCCCCGAGCAGUCUGCUGCACAACCACUGCACUUCCCUGACCCACCUGACCUAUCCGGUCAGGCGACGCAGCGAUGUCGGGGCCCCGUAGAUGUGACACCAGCCAUCAUUGGGCACCCCCCCGUGCAAUAUGAAGCCCCCGCCACCCAGCCACUCUCCCCGCCGGCUGACACUGCCAGUCCUCCGCUUCCACCGCCGCAGGCAGGACCCUCAGUACCCUGCACCACUGCCUGGCGGCGGAAGAAAAAGCAGGAGGCGGACGAGCUGGCACGACAGCAAGGAAUCCCCCCCAAACAAAGGAAAAAGAUAGAGGCAUACAUAUGUAAGAGCUGUGGCCGUCAAACCAAAGAGUUCGGCCAGAGCCAAUUUGGGGGGGAAAUCUUUUGCUCCACGUCAGCCGGCAAAACCAUCGAGGAAUGGCUGGAGGAAAAGAGAAGGGAAAAGCAAAAACGUGCCGGGGGGAUGGCCACUAACUAAUUUUUGUUUUAUUAAUCUGUAGAUGGAGCCCAUACAUUGCUUUUUUUUUUCUUUUUUUUUAACUGCCUGGCACUUUAUGUGUUGGCAGAAAGGGAGGCCCGCUUGAUUUUUGAAGAUGUUUGUACUUUUUGUGUUUUUUUCCAAUCUUUGCAAAUGACUGGCACUUUAUAUGUUGUCAAGGAGGCCUUCCUUUUUCAAGCUGUUUUUACUUUUUGUUUUUUAUUGUAAUCUUUGCAAAUGACUGGCACUUUAUAUGUUGGCAGGCCUCCCUCUCAAUUUUCUUUUUUAAUUUUGGGCUUCAUCUGCAGGUUAUGGCACUAAUUUUUAUUGUAUGUAUAUAGUUUUUUCAUAAACUUUAUUGUAUGUAUGUAUAUAGUUAUUUCAUGUUCUUUUUCAUAUAUAUAGUUAUUUCAUGUUCUUUUUUCAUAAACGAUUGUUUGAUUUCUA